AUGGAAAAUCGAAUGAUUCAAGCCAAAGUACUAACUCUCGAACAAGAUGAAACAACCAGUCAAUUAUUAAAUCAGAGAAAAUUAUUCUCAGUCACUGCAUCAAUAUGUAUGACAAAAUCAAGAGAUACUUUUGAAGAGAUGAUGUAUACAUGUUCCUCUAUGGGAGUGAACAAGAUUAUUCCAAUCAUGACUGAAAAGAAACAACAUGCUGAAUAUUUUGAAAAUAAGAAGGAUAGACUUGAAAAGAUUAUGAUUUCAGCAGUGGAGCAAUCCAAACAAUUUUAUGGAAUGCCAGAAAUUGCUUCACCUCUUUCAAUUCAAGAUUAUUGCAAGCAAAUGAAAGAGCAAUUGAAUGAAAGAAGAGUUUUCUUGGAUGUUGAUGGAGAAAAGCCUUGGCUUUCCCUCUUGAAUGAAAUUGAAGAAAACAAACAAAAGAUGAACAAGAUGAAUAUCAAUUUGCUUGUUGGACCAGAAAGAGAUUUAUUUGAUCAAGAACGAGCUCAGUUAGCAGAAUUGGGAUUUGAAUCUCUUUCUCUGGCUCGUAAAAUUGUAUACAGAAGUGAGGUUGCUCUCUCAGUUUCUCUUGGAAGUAUCACAUCAGUAAUUUGGAAUAAGUAA